AUGUCCAGUGGGGGCAGGUUUGACUUUGAUGACGGGGGGUCGUACUGCGGGGAGUGGGAGCAGGGCAAGGCCCACGGGCGGGGGGUGUGCACGGGCCCCCAGGGCCAGGGCGAGUACGCGGGCGCCUGGAGCCACGGCUUCGAGGUGCUGGGCGCGUACACCUGGCCCAGCGGGAACAGCUACCGCGGCACCUGGGCGCAGGGCAAGCGCCACGGCGUGGGCGUGGAGAGCAAAGGAUGCUGGGAGUACCGCGGCGAGUGGACCCAGGGCUACCGGGGCCGCUACGGGCAGCUGGAGAGCAGGGCCAGCGGGGCCCGCUACGAGGGCACCUGGAGCAACGGGAGGCAGGACGGCUACGGGACCGAGACCUACUCCGACGGG